UGAAAGAAAAUGAUUCACUUGGCGCUGACAAAAAACAAGUAUUUUAUUUAGAUGAGACCUGGAUCCACGCCCACUACACAAAGCUGUUGGCAGUCUGCUACGGAUGUUGGAGUGAGAAAGAACGAUAGCCCUGGUCGCCGCUGGAUAAUCGUUCACGCUGGGAGUGAGUCAGGAUUUGUGGAUAACGCACUUUUAAUGUUUAAAGCAAAUACAAAAACCGGUGAUUAUCACGAUCAAAUGAAUGAUGAAAAUUUUACAAAAUGGUUACAAGAAAAGAUAAUGCCCAACAUACCCCCUAACAGUAUUAUUGUGAUGGACAAUGCCCCCUACCACAGUAAAGAGGACGAUAGAACUCCCAACAUGAGUGCAAGAAAACAAGUGAUGGUUGAGUGGCUCCAAGCACGUAAUAUUGAGUUUCCCGAACACUACACGAAACCGGAAUUGUAUUUGUUAAUAAAAAACCACAAACCGCCGAAAAAAUAUAUCGUAGAUAAAUUAAUUACUGACCAUGGCCACGAAAUAGUAAGACUGCCACCCUAUAACUGCGACCUCAAUCCCAUUGAGUAUAUAUGGCACCUCGUAAAACAAAGAGUUUCUGACAAGAAUGUAGAACAGUUGGAGAGUAAGGUAGAGCAAUUAACUUUGGAGGCUUUGCAGUCAAUUACUCCUGAUGAUUGGAAAAAGGAGUUAAAUCAUGUGAAGAGGCUUGAAGAAGAAUACUGGCGUAAAGAUAGAUUAGUAGAUGAAUUAUUCAUCAUCAACACUGGAGAUGAUAGUGAAUCAGAGACAACAGACUCACAAACCGAUUCUGAAUCUGAUUUAGAUUAUAUGAGUGGAGUUGAAGAGUUAGGUUAG